GAAGGAAGAAAAGCUUCGACUUUUGUGCAGUGAAGAAGAAGAAGAUACUCGUGCUCCAGUUCUGCAACUACAGGAGGAGAACUUGAGAUGUGUUUUACUGAGAAGGUUAAGGGUUAAUCAGAGAGUGGGAGGUUUAGCUACUAGUCAGUGAUGUGGACAAAUGUUUUUAGAAUUGGAGGUCUCCAUCAAAUAUCAUGGUUCCAGUUUCUCCCUCAGGAAUCCGAUCUGAACCCUCUGCCAGACAAAAGUGGAAAAGCCGAGCAGAAAGAUGGUGCUACAUUGCUAGUUCUCUCAUCUCAUCUGCAGCUGCAGAAGGAGGGAUUUCUAAGCACAUGGACAAAUUCCUUUGUUGGACCGUGGGAUCCAUCUCAGGGUUUGCACAAUCCUGACGAGAAAAUUAAGCUGUGGCUUUUUCUUCCUGGACGUUAUUCAUCUGUUGUGGAGCGUGCUAACGCUGCAGUGUCUAGGUUAAGAGUUGUUGCAUCUGGGCUUUGGUUGGCUCCUGGCAAUUCUGAGGAGGUUGCUACUGCCCUUUCUCAAGCUUUAAGGAACUGCAUAGAAAGGGCACUGAUUGGACUUUCCUAUGUGAGAUUUGGCGAUGUUUUUUCUAAGUAUCAUCCAUAUCAAAAUGAAGAGUCUUUCAGGAAAGGACAGCCAACAGUUGAGUUCAUCUUUUCUGCAACUGAAGAGGCAGUCUUUGUGCAUGCUAUAAUAUCCGCAAAGCAUAUCCGUGCACUUUCAAGUGGUGAUGUGGAUAGAGUAUUGGAGCAUUCUUCUAAUAACUCCAAUUACAGACUUCCUGUUAUUGUUUCUCCACAUGGAAUGCGUGGUAGGCUUGCUGGAUGUUGUGCAAAUGAUCUUGUUAAGCAAGUCUAUUUCAGCUCUGGCAACUUGAGGAGUUCAAGUGGAUUUAUAGGUCUACCUUAUCAUGUUUCCCAAAGUUCCAGUUGCCAGUUGAGGGGACAGAAUUGCUAUGUUGAAGUUACACUUGGCUGCCCCAAGUCAGCAAGUGAGAAGGCAUUACAUUCAAACUCAAAUUCCAUUCGGAAUUUACCAAAGCACCAUGUUGCUGAAUCUCCUGCUGUGGGAAGAGAUAAGAAGAGAUCACCAGAUCGCUUAUCAGUUCAUGAGAAAACUUUUAUCUAUCCAACUGAGGCAGUGCUUGUCCCUGUCUUGCAAACAUCCUUUGCUAGAUCUUCACUGAGAAGAUUCUGGCUACAAAAUUGGAUAGGGCCUUCAUUUGGUGGUUCAUCUUUCUUUAUGCAUUGGUUUGGCAAUAUAGAUUCAAUGGAAGGACCAUGGUUUGAGAUCAAUGGAUUGCGCACGUGUCAUGGUUAUAACAGUAGUAGUAACAGUAAUAACAGCAGUAUAAGUUCCAUAAGCAGCAGCUCCAGUGAAAGUAUGACUACAGGAGCUGGCGAACUUGAGGCUGAUGCUGAUUCUCUGUCUUGUAGGCAGUCUGGAUUAUCUUCUACUGACCAGCUUGAGAAUGAUCACCCUAAACUGGGCACUAAGCGCCCACGAACUGGUAUGGCAGAGUCAUUUAGUCAAGUGGGUAGUAUUACAAAUGCUCCUACACAAGAUGUGUAUAAGUCCAGUUUCACCUCCAUGGAUGUUAGCACUUCAGCCAUCACUGGAGUUGGAAAUGACCAAAUUGGAUCUAACUGGGAUUGGGAUGAUGAUGAGAGAGGAAUGGACAUGGAUAUUCAAUCUCUUCUCUCUGAAUUUGGAGACUUCGGUGACUUCUUUGAAAAUGAAGCUUUGCCUUUUGGCGAGCCCCCAGGAACUGCAGAGUCACAGGCUCUUAUGUUUCCUCCUUCAGAUUGUGGAGAUGUAGGGAGCAGUCCAGCUGGGGUAAUGGAUGUUUCUGAGCACAUGCUUUUAAUUCCAUCCUUUGAGAACUUUAAUCCGCCUCCUCCAGUGGCUGCUGAGGAGUGCCUGAGCAAAAAUCAAGAGGUUGCAAAUGGUUCUGUGACAUCUGGUCCGACAAACCAGAAUGCUGCUUCUUCUACUGGCGAGUUUGAUCAUGUAAUGAAAGCUGAAGCACUGAUGACAUUUCCUCUGGAAUACGGAGCUGUUGAAACUCCCACAAGUGAUACCUCAACAAUUUUUAGAAGCCCCUACCUCCCAAAGUCUCAUAGAGUGGAGAGCUCAAAUUCAAGCACUAACAAUUACAAAUAUGGUGCAACCCCUCCCUCUUCUCCUUGCUUUGAUGGAUCAGAUGACAAGUCUGCCAUGCAUGUGAAUUCAAAAGCACGUCCUGGAGGUCAUGAUUCAAGUGUUAUGCUCCAGUUGAAGAAAUAUUACACUCAUAUAGAGAGCAGAACAGAGAAAUAUGAUAGGAGAAUGCUUAAACAUAAUGAUAGUAGUGCUACUAGUGAGGGGGUGGCAACAUUGGAAUUUUCUAAUUUCAGUUCUACCAAUGCUGUUAAGCCUGUAGAGAGGAAAAUGAUGGAAAGAAAAUUUUCCACUGAGCAUGUGCUUCUGUCUACGAACACUGUACUAGCAACUGAAGUUGAAUGUGCUAUGUUCCAAGCUUCAAUGUUGAGGAUGCGGCAUUUACUUUUAUCUCCCAGCAGUUCACCAACUGUUAGCUUGAGUAAGUUUACAGGAACUUCAUUCAUGAAUCAGGUUCCUGGUGACCCUAGCAGCAUGACAGACAACAUAUCUAGCAGGUAUGAGAUGAAGAAGAAAGAAUCUAUACCAGUCAGAAUAGCUGGGGAUGCUGAGGGAGGAUUGAUAGACGGGCAACUCAAUGCAACUGUUGCAGUAUGGCGCUCCGUUGGAGUUCCUAAAGUUUCAAAACCUGGUACAUCAACGAGUAUUGAAGUUAGCCCAUCCUUGCCCCACAAUUCAUUUAAUGAUGAAAGCAUUCGUUCUUAUGGUCAAAGGCAGCUGCUUCAGGAUCUUCUUGAUGGCAUGGCAUUACUGGUCCAGCAAGCUACUUCCUUUGUUGAUGUGGCUUUGGAUGCAGAUUGCAAUGAUGGUCCAUAUGGUUGGCUUGCAUUGCAAGAGCAUUGGCGGCAUGGAUUUGCAUGUGGGCCUUCCAUGGUACAUGCAGGUUGUGGUGGGACUUUAGCCUCUUGUCAUUCCCUGGACAUUGCUGGUGUAGAGUUGGCUGAUCCUCUUUCUGCUAAUAUUCAUGCUUCCUCCGUAAUCAGUGCACUACACUCUGAAAUCAAAACAGCAUUGAAGUCUGCAUUUGUCGUUCUGGAUGGUCCAUUGACAGUCACUGAUUGGUGCAAAGGCCGGAGUCAAUCAGGUGAACUAGCCACUAGUGAUGGAUCUUCAAUAGAGUCUACUGCAGGUGAAGGCAAAGAUCCUAACACUGUGACUUUCUCUAUGGGAGAACCUAUCAGUCCAUCACAAAGUGCAUUAGGUGCAAUAUCUAAAGUGUCUAGUGGAAUGGAUGGAACCAAAGUAGACGACACAAUCCAAAAGAGAUUGAACCAUGAAAUCUCUAGUUCAGAGUCAGAGCAGCAACUAAGCUCUAGGCUAAGACCAACACUUUUUGUUCUUCCAUCACCUGCUAUACUUGUUGGGUACCAGGAUGAUUGGUUAAAGACUUCUGGUAGCUCUCUGCAACAGUGGGAAAAGGCUCCUCUAGAACCAUAUGCCCUGCAAAAACCUAUUACUUUCUUUGUUGUAUGCCCAGACAUUGACCCACUGACUUCUGCUGCUGCUGAUUUUUUCCAACAACUAGGGACUGUUUAUGAGACGUGCAAACUGGGAGCUCAUUCACCUCAGAGUUUUGGAAACCAGAUGGAGAUAGACUCAGGGAGAGGGCCAUCUCCUGGCUUCGUUCUACUUGAUUGCCCUCAAUCAAUGAAAAUAGAAAGUAGUAAUGCCUCUCUCCUGGGAUCAAUAAGUGAUUAUUUUCUUUCACUAUCAAAUGGUUGGGACUUGACUAGCUACCUCAAGUCUCUAUCAAAGGCUCUCAAAGCUCUGAAACUUGGUACCUGGUUAUAUGCUAAUCAAAAAGAAGGGAUAAGUGGCCCUUGUAUGGUAAUAUAUGUGGUUUGUCCAUUCCCUGAGCCUACUGCAGUUUUACAAACUGUGGUUGAAUCUUCUGUUGCCAUUGGAUCAGUUAUUCUCUCUUCUGACAGAGACAAGAGACCUAUGCUGCACACACAGGUGGGGAAAGCUUUAAACUACUCGGCUGCUGUGGAUGAAGCUUCAAUAUCAAAUAUUCCAGUCCUUUCUGGAUUUAGUGUCCCUAAAUUGAUACUCCAAAUCGUGACAGUUGAUGCCAUUUUUAGGGUUACAAGUCCACCUUUUAAUGAACUUAUAAUUCUUAAGGAGAUUGCAUUCACUGUUUACAACAAAGCUCGGCGAAUUUCAAGAGGAUCCUGUAAUGAUGUGGUCCAGUCAUCAUUAUCCAGUCGGUCUCAUUCUGUAUUGACUCCAAUGAAUACCCUUACUGGAAUGUGGAAGGAGAGUGUUAAUUCUCGAAUCCCUCUUCCUAGAGAGGGUGAAAUUGAUUCCAGCCUGAGGGCUGGUUCUUGGGAUAAUUCCUGGCAAGCAACAAGGACUGCAGGAUUAAGUUCUGAUCCAAACAGAAACGGAGACCUUUUGUCUCAAGAGGAAACCCGUUGCAUGUUUGAGCCACUUUUCAUUCUUGCAGAGUCUGGUUCUGUAGAGCACGGAAUUUCACCUCCUGGUUUUGGUAAUUCAACCCAUGAAACUUUGAAGGCACAGAUUGAUGACAAUGGUGCCUUCAUGCAGAGUACAAGUUCAGUGGGAAGUAUGGAUAUUGGACAAGGAUCUCAGCUUGAUGGAUCUGAACCUGAUGGCUAUAAUUCUAGCAGUCAAAAGGCCCUUCCAAGCCUGCAUUGUUGCUAUGGUUGGACAGAGGAUUGGAGGUGGCUGGUAUGUAUCUGGACUGAUGCAAGGGGUGAAUUGCUGGACAGCAACAUUUUCCCCUUUGGGGGUAUUAGCAGUAGGCAGGAUACAAAAGGUCUACAAUGCCUUUUUGCACAGGUUCUGCAGCAAGGCUGUCAGAUACUUCAGGCAUGCUCUUCUUCUGAUAUUGGUAUUGUCAAGCCUAGGGAUUUUGUAAUCACUCGCAUUGGAAAUUUCUAUGAGCUGGAAUAUCUGGAGUGGGAGAAAGCCAUUUAUUCAGUUGGGGGUUCUGAAGUGAAGAAGUGGCCCCUUCAACUACGGCGACCUACACCAGAUGGGAUGCCUAUGAGCAGUAGUGGCACUUCACUGCAACAGCCGGAAAUGAGUUUGAUUCAAGAUAGAGUUCUGCCAAACUCACCCAGUCCAUUGUACAGUCCUCACUCCAAGGCUUCUGGCUUUAUCAAAGGUGGUUUAGGACAGUCUGCUGCUAGAAAGCAGGUUAUUAGUGGCCAUACUUCAGUUGACAAUUCCCGGGGGUUGCUUCAGUGGGUGCAGAGCAUAACGUUUGUUUCAAUUUUAAUUGACCAUUCUUUACAUCUGGUUUGUCAAGCAGAUUCAUUAUCUCCUGGAGGAACUCAGGGUGGUAGUGGGAUGGGUCAACCUGGUUAUUUGGAAGGGUUCACUCCUGUAAGGUCUCUUGGUUCUGCAUCCACGGCAUACAUGUUAAUUCCAUCACCUAGUAUGCAUUUCUUACCUCCAAUGCCCCUUCAGCUUCCAACAUGUCUCACUGCCGAGUCACCACCUCUUGCACAUCUUUUACAUAGCAAGGGUUCUGCAAUUCCCCUUUCCACCGGUUUUGUGGUUUCAAGGGCUAUACCUUCCAUGCGGAAAGAUUGCAGGAAUAAUAUGAAAGAAGAAUGGCCUUCUGUUCUUUCAGUCAGUCUUGUAGAUUAUUAUGGAGGUAAUAACUUUAACCAGGAAAGAGUAAUCAGGGGAACCACAAAGCAGGUAGGAAGAACAUUGAGCUCUGAUACAAGAGAUUUUGAAAUUGAGACCCAUUUGGUUCUGGAGUCCGUUGCAGCAGAGCUUCAUGCCCUGUCAUGGAUGACAGUCAGCCCUGGAUACUUGGAUCGACGAACUGCACUGCCUUUUCACUGUGACAUGGUUUUGAGACUAAGAAGGUUGCUUCACUUUGCAGAAAAAGAACGCUCCCGGCCAGCAGAUAAGUCCCAGUUGUAAAAGCAACGAAACCACGCUCCACAGAUCAUGGUAAAUCAAGAGUCUCUUCUUGUGCUCCACUGUAAAAUAAGUAGUAACAGUAUGUAUAUGCUAUUUCAUCUCACAGAUAAACAAGCUUGUGAACCCCCCAGCAAGUAAAAAAAAAAAAAUUUCUGGGAAGAGAUAGUUGGCUCUAACAUACAUAUGCAUGCUAGUCAAUGUAAAUGAACUUAGGACAGAUCGUAUGUACUCUAGGUCAAUAUGGUUAGCCAAUACCAUAGGUGUGGAGCUUUUCAUUAAACCCCAGGUAGGAGAGAUCUUUGUAUUCUAAAGUUCAAUUUUGUCUCUCAUUCUUUGUAUGAAUAUUUUCCAAGGAUGCCAUUUAUCAGGUGAAAGUUUGUUGGGUUAAU